AUGGACAACAGAGGGACAAAGUUUGUGAUUGGUUUCAUGGAGAAUUUCCAGGCAACAUUAUUUAGUGAGCUCUUUAUCACUACCUCUAAAUCCCAUUCCGUAUUCGUCAACGUAACAAGUCCGCGGUGGUCCAGUCCUAAAAUCGAAAUGUCGCUGGAUGUCAUAUCUGGUACUGUCAAACAGGUCAAUAUUUCUAGUUCAUUGAGAAUGACUGGAACUUCCCUCAGUUCGAAAGGACUUUUAGUAGAAGCAUCUGACGAGAUUGUUGUUUAUGGAUUCAACAAAGAACCGUUUUCAAAUGACGCAUUCCUGGCAAUUCCUUGUGAUGCCAUUGGUAUGGAAUACUACACAACAGCAUUUCUACCAUCAUUUUUCAAAUCAGAGAUUCUAAUUGUUGGUAUUUCAGAUGCAACUUCGUUAAGUAUUAAAUUAAGCAAAACUUUAGAUUCAUUAGUAAUCUUCCAAGGUGGGAAUUUCAGUAAAACUCAAUGGAUAAAUAUUAGUAUUAAUGCAUAUGAUACACUUCAGUUGCAAAGCACAGGGGAUAUCACAGGGACAUACAUUGCAUCAAAUAAACCAGUGUCUGUCUUCAGUGGUAAUGUAUUAACAGCAAUAGGCAAUGGCACAGCAGACCACCUUGCGGAACAACACAUCUCCGUUGAUAGAUGGGGGAAAACCUAUGCAACUGUUCCAAUACCUGGUCGUAUUGUGGGAGAUUACUUUAGAUUUGUUGCAUCAGAGCACGAUACAAAGGUUCAAAUUCACGGACUUAACAGUUCAACAGUAUACGCAGAAACAUUUGUUCUUUUGGAACCAGGUGAAUGGGUUCAGAGACAUUUUAGUUCUUCUCUGUAUGUUUUUAUUACCGCUGAUAAGCCGAUAUACGUUGUCCAGUAUUCUCUAAGUCAAAUUAAUCGUAACAUGGCAGACCCUUCGAUGAUCAUCAUCCCACCCAUGGAAUUGUACGCAGCAAACUAUGUCUUCACGACGCCCAAAAGUGCAACUGGUUCCUACGUAAGUUACUUUAUGUUUGUCGUAAAAACGGUAGAUUUGGACGGACUGAGAAUCAAUGGUCUGCCCCUGAAUACAACAGAAAUUCAAGAAUUCCCAGGCGGAAAGUAUGUGGGAGGCUACAUCUCUCUGUCUGAAGGUACCUACGACAUCCGCCAUAUUUCGCCAAUAUGUGUGUUUGGAGGAGUAUUGUAUGGAAAAGGAUGGUUUGAGACUUACGGAUUUCCGACAGGAAUGAGACUGGCGCCCAUUAAUAAGCCUUGUCUGAUUACACCUUCGUCUACGGGAGAUGGAGAGGACAACGACUGUGACAGAAAGAUUGACGAGGAAAUAGAAAAUGGACUGGAUGACGAUGGUGAUGGGUUAGUUGAUGAAGACUGUGCAGAGGCUUAUCAAGAUAGACCCUGCUUUGCAACACCGUGCCAAAAUGGGGGAACGUGCAUUGAAAAUGGAACAAAUUAUUCAUGCACAUGCAUCACCGGUUAUGAUCCACAAUCAGACUGUUCGUUGCAGAUCGAUUUUUGUCGCAUGAACCCAUGCCCACACACCAAAAUCUGUUCACCACAUUUGGGUGGUUUCACAUGCAUCUGCAUAGCUGGCUUCACAGGAACAGAUUGCACCUCUGACAUUGACGAAUGUGCUAGCGACCCUUGUAUCCAUGGUAACUGCACUGAUCACGUGAAUGGGUAUCAAUGUGAUUGUGAAGCUGGCUACUCAGGAACUCAUUGUGAAUUAGAUACAAAUGAAUGUGCAAGUUCUCCUUGCAUCAAUGGAAACUGUACAGAUGACGUCAAUGGAUUUACAUGUUCCUGUCACCAUGGCUUCACUGGAGCAACAUGUUUUACAUCUACUUCAAGCACGGACUGUUUAUCCUCAGACUGCAGUGUGGUCCAGUGUUCAAUAUUUAACUUUGACACAGGUUGUUACUACGUACUACUCUCCUGUUUGUUUUCCGCCCUUGCGCUGGGAACUUUCACCAUUUGCACUAUAUUUUUCUAUGGAAUCAAAAAAAGAAAACGAAAAUCUGAAGCGAUACCCCCAUUUCCAUUUGAAGACACAGCAUUGGGGGAAUCAAGGAGAAAAUGCAACUUCCAUGUAUUUCAACAAAACGAAAAUAAAUUAUGA